GCUUUCGGCAUGUGAAGUAAACCUCCCUAAAAUGAAAAUUGGUCCUCUAUUCUAUUUACGUAAUUAACAAAAAAAAAAGAAAAGAAAAAAGAAAGAAAAAAGGAAAAAAAAGGAAAAAAAAGGAAAAAAAAGGGAAAAACACUUUUACGUGAACUCUUUCGCACAGUAUACGCCGAACGGCGGUCGUUCCUUUCGUCUUCUUCUUCUUCAUUUCUAACAGUCUUCACCGCCGGAAAAUUCUCUCAACUUCUCCCUUACAGCAUGAAGCGCGUCUUCGAAGAAAUUUCCGACGAAGAGUGGUCCAAUCACUCCUUCAAGCCCUCUCGCGUCUUCACAAAACCACAGACUGAACCUUCGAUCCCUCCUCCGAUUGAAUCUUUCGCAUACCGACCCCACCAGCUCUAUAUUUCCGACGAGAGUAGCGACGAUUGUGUCGUAGUCAUGGAAAGUUCCAAAAAUUAUGAGGAAAAUUUGGAGGACGAGGAUGUCGAGGUUGAGGGAGUGAAAUCCACCACGGCAGUGAGUCGUGGCCGUCGGUUUGUGGUUGAUGACGAAGAUGAUGAAAGUGAGAGGGAAUUGACUGAGGUUUGUGAUGUAAAGUCGACGAGCGAGGAGGAGCUGGAGGAGGGUAGGGAGGAUGACGAUGAUGUCGUCGGUAAGGCUUUGCAGAAGUGUGCAAAAUUAUCUGCCGAGUUGAAGAGAGAGCUGUACGGCUCUUCGGUUUCUGCCUCUGAACGAUAUUCAGAAGUGGAGUCUUCUUCCGUUAGGAUAGUCACCCAGGAUGAUAUUAAUGCGGCUUGCAAGGCUGAAGAUUCUGAUUUUGAGCCUGUUCUCAAGCCAUAUCAGCUGGUUGGCGUGAACUUUCUUCUUCUUUUGUAUCAGAAGGGAGUUGGUGGAGCUAUACUUGCAGAUGAGAUGGGUCUGGGGAAGACAAUACAAGCUAUAACAUACCUUGUGAUGUUGAAAUAUUUGAACAAUGAUUCGGGGCCUCACCUAAUUGUAUGCCCUGCAUCUGUUCUGGAGAAUUGGGAAAGAGAACUCAAAAAGUGGUGCCCAUCCUUUUCUGUACUCCACUAUCAUGGGGCCGCCCGGUCGGCAUAUGCUAAGGAAUUGAAUUCUCUGGCUAAGUCAGGGUUGCCUCCUCCGUUUAAUGUUCUUCUUGUUUGUUAUUCUCUCUUUGAAAGACACAGUUCCCAGCAAAAAGAUGAACGUAAAAUCCUGAAACGCUGGCAAUGGAGUUGUGUUCUUAUGGAUGAGGCUCAUGCCUUGAAAGAUAGAAACAGCUAUCGGUGGAAAAAUUUAAUGUCUCUUGCACGUAAUGCAAAGCAACGAUUAAUGUUGACAGGGACACCGCUUCAAAAUGAUUUGCAUGAGCUGUGGUCACUGUUGGAGUUUAUGAUGCCCAAUCUCUUCGCUACUGAGGAUGUGGACUUGAAAAAACUAUUAACAGCUGAGAAUAAUUCAUUGAUUAAUCAUAUGAAAUUCAUUUUGGGUCCAUUUAUUUUGAGACGGUUAAAAUCUGAUGUUAUGCAGCAACUUGUUCCAAAGAUACAGCAGGUUCGGUAUGUUGCAAUGGAAAAACAACAAGAAGAUGCCUACAAGGAUGCUAUUGAUGAUUAUCGAAAUGCUUCUCGCGGCCGCGUUGGUAGAAAUGGCAAUACUAAUUCAGAUAACAUAUACAAUAUUCUUCCCCGUCGUCAGAUAUCUAAUUAUUUUGUUCAGUUCCGCAAGAUUGCUAAUCAUCCUUUACUAGUACGGCGCAUUUACAAAGACGAGGAUGUUACCCGUUUUGCUAAAAAGUUACACCCUUUAGGUGCAUUUGGAUUCGAGUGUACCGUGGAAAGGGUAGCUGAGGAACUUAAAAGUUAUAAUGAUUUUUCCAUUCACCGGUUAUUACUUUCUUAUGGCAUUACUGACAGAAAGGGAGUUCUAUCAGAUAACGAAGUGCUACUUUCGGCGAAGUGUCGGGAAUUAGCACAACUACUUCCUUCACUGAAGCGAGAUGGACAUCGAGUUCUUAUUUUCAGUCAAUGGACUUCAAUGCUUGACAUCCUAGAAUGGACAUUGGAUGUGAUUGGGUUUACUUAUAGACGACUAGAUGGAAGUACGCAGGUAGCAGAAAGACAGACGAUAGUUGACACUUUCAAUAAUGACACGUCUAUAUUUGCAUGCUUGCUUUCUACUAGAGCAGGGGGACAGGGGUUGAACUUAACUGGGGCCGACACUGUUGUCAUUCACGACAUGGAUUUCAAUCCACAGAUUGACCGCCAAGCAGAAGAUCGUUGUCAUCGAAUUGGCCAAACCAAACCUGUCACUAUAUACAGGUUGGUGACGAAGGGAACGGUGGAUGAAAAUGUCUAUGAGAUAGCAAAACGGAAGUUAGUCCUUGAUGCUGCAGUUCUGGAGUCGGGUAUAGAGAUGGAUAACGAGAGGGAGUCAUCUGAGAAGACCAUGGGGGAGAUAUUAUCAGCAAUUCUUCUUGGUUAGAGAUUUUGUUACUGACUAUAACCCAAAGUCCAGAUUCAUAUUCUCAGUGCUCGCUUCUCAUUCAUUAUGGUCGUAACCUUAUAUAGAUGUAACAUUUUGUUAACGCCUCAUUGGUGCACAAAGCAAUAGAGCUAUCAAAAGUGUUAGUUUGUGCAGUAUUAAAUAGAUGUAACAUCACUAAUGGCAACUAGGUUAUACACAUGUUAUAUAUAGGAGAUGGUACUUUUAUAAAAGCAGAGGUUAUUUUAUUUUCAUUUGAUGUUUACGGACUUUUCAAUUUGUAAGGAUAAGGAUGUAAAAUACUCAAAUGGAUUAAAUACCAUUUUGGUUCAGUAGUUUUGGACUUUGUUCUAUAUUAGACCUUAUACUCUGUAAUUAUGAUAAAUAUCAACAGUGUUUCAAUUCACUA